AUGGUAUCCACCAACAACCCCAAAGUUACUGAAGGCACCACACCGGAUGAAAGGGACACGAACAAUCCCCCUGGAGAUGAGAGCGUCUCGGAAAAUGCGCAGCCAGUUGUGCCUGUAGGCCCACAGCUGUCAGUCAGGGUUUUCAAGACCUUCCCCGGCGCAGAAAAAGCAUCCCCUGAGGCGGUUUGUAAAGUUGGAAGUGCUGCCACCUUUGAGAAUGAAAGCCUCGGAUAUUUGCGAAAAUAUUUGAACAACCAAAAGAUCUUAAAAUCAAUUGACUCAGCGCUUCCAUUUUGCACCGCGGAUGGAGCGAGGGUAGAGGAGACAACGACGAUCUCUGAGUAUGCGAGACUGGUUCACAAGAAGAGUGACACUGGAACUGUUAAGCGCAAAGAUGGUGGUAGCGCCUCCACAGAAGCCCAAGAACCUGUGGAUGGAUCAGAUGAGAGUGAUAAACUGACAACCUGUGAUGUGUACCUGAUCGCCCGGAAGAAGACAGAGGUACAACUCAGUGAUCCAGUUAAGAACUUGCUUGACUCUGCGCUGGACAUGAACUUCUCUCAAAGCGGGGAUCUACCAAAAGCAGUGCUGAAGCAGCUCAAAAGCUCAUAUGAUCAUAAGUUGUGGGCAGCAGAAGUCGACAAAGGCCCAAGAACUUAUCCAGCCGAAAUGUCUGAAGAGGACUGGGCUAUAGUUAUGCAAAACAAUGACCUGUUGCAUGGCCUCCGAGUUAUUCCUGCGCGUGCGCCAGACAACAAGCUUACUUUGAAUGGAAUAGAUCGAUCCUUCCUUCCUGCGUUCACCCUGAAGCCAAGGCCUGUUGAGUUUUACAAGAAGGCUCCCGGUGUAGAGGUAGAUACAACUGUUGGAUUUGCCAUUCCCCGGUUCCGCAUCCAGGAUGAUUCAUAUGUAAGGAUGACAGAAGCCAAGACUGAUGUUGAAUCAUCGUUCGCUCGGAGCUCAUUCAGCCAACACGACUUCCAAGUAGCUGCAGGGGGGAAUGUCUUUGGAUAUGAUGUUGGCGCCAAGUUUGGUUUUAGCGCGAAAGAGCAAGACGGGUAUGCUCAGGCUCGCCAGGAAAAUGUGGAAAUGAUGCACAUUUCAUACAAUUUCCCCCGUGUUGUAAUAAGAUUGGAUGAAAAUUCAUUGGAAUUGGACCCAGUCUGUCGUAGUCGCCUUGAUAAGGUGACAGACUUCAAUUCCAUGUCGGAAUUUUUUGCUGAUUACGGUCAAUUCUUUGCAACGCAAGUCCAGCUGGGGGGUCGAUUACACGCCGCUGAAGACAUAAAAUCUACUUCAAGUUCCGUUAAGGAGGAAAAGGCUAAUGCAUUUAAGGCUGCUGUUAGUGCUUCCUUCUCUGGCCCAUCAGCCCGGGGAAGUACAAGCUACAGCCAUGAAAGCAAGUCGGCAAGUGAUGGCACAGAACAGAAGAUAUCAUACAAUAAGUCAAUGUCCUGGGAGGCACAAGGUGGCGAUACACUGCUUUGCAACAGCCCUCCGGAUUGGUGCCCAACAGUUCAUUCAUUCUAUAACUGGCGCACUAUUAAGCAAGAAAAUGUUGUCUUCCUCCCAGAUCUCAUUGGCAAGCUUCCUGGGUUCAAACACAUCCCAGACACAUUUAAGAAGAUCGCCAAAAAUCAGAAACCAGAUACUGCAACUUCGAAAGUACCAUAUUUUGUGGAGUUCUCGCUCGAGCUGGAAGGCUCUGAGGGCAAGGAAUUUUCAUUGGAUGAGAAAUGUCCAGGUACUGAUGGCGACAACAUUGUGGCGAAAGAUGAGUACGCAAUGGCUUUAACUCCAACAUUCCUCUUGCCAGCUGUAUAUAAACAUUGGCUGAAAGUGAAGCUUGAGAUGGGAGGAAAGGCGAUACAUGUAUUGCCGUUGGGAAACAUAAAUCACAUAGGUGGCUUGAUUCCGUAUAGUAGUUUGCCCACUAGUUUCGGGGGAGACCCAAGCAAAGUGCGCAGAGUUACCUCACGGAAUGCAACUCAAGCUGCCAAGGUAUUCAAGAUCCGAACUGAAAACGUUAAAGGCAACAAACUUGCAAUACGCGGUCAGAAAUAUCAGAUCGAUAACCCAGGCGAGUCAAUGUCCCUGUCAGCUACGUCCAACUUGAUGGAUUAUGUCCCCCAGUCCUAUCUCUUCGCUGCCACCAGUCCUCAAACUCCGGUCAAGUUUGCUUUCUGGGACACUGAACUUGCCGAUGAUGAGCAAGAAGGAAGUAUCCCAGAUGGGCAUGUAGUGAGCUUAGUUGCUUGGAUUCCAAACAGCGACAAACGGGGAUUCGUAUGUCUUCGCGACAGUGGUGGGGACUUUGAAAUCCUUCCAGGUUCACCAGACCUGAAUAAAGUCGCCAGAUUCAAGAUCAAGUACGGAAAAGCAUAUGAGGCGCCGCCUUCCGCGGAGGUGCGUCGCCGUGAAGCGGCAGUGCAUGAUUUAGAGGACCAGUUGUUUGGCGAACGCAAUCCAGCUACUGAGGCGCCGCCUUCCGCGGAAGAGGUGCGUCGCCGUGAAGCGGCAGUGCAUGAUUUAGAGGACGCGUUCUCAUAA